UUCAAUGUUCCUUCAACAGGAUUUUGUAUGGAUGCCUUUGCCAUUUCCAUACUGGAUUUGCUUUUUUGAUUUUUCUGUUGUGGGAAAUGAACUUACUGAAAACAGAUAAGGGCUGUAAGCAAAGCAUAAUGUGGCCAUGCUUCUAGUGUUAUACAGACUGAAGACCAGCUGAUAUUUGUGAACAUAAAACAAUCACAGGGAUUCAGAAUAUGGAACCAACAAAAACAUCAAAAACAGCAGUUUUCCAACUCUGCGGACAUAUAAAGAAGCAUGACAAAAAUGAAGGACAGACAUCACAGGUAAUAAAGGAGUCAUUGGAAGACGGUGAUGUGAAAGCUCUGAAUUUCACAUUUGUGCCAAAAAUUAGAUCACUGCCUGCUGUCCAUAAAGUUUUUGUCCCUAACAGAGAAGUGAAGCCAAACCAAAAUGUUAUUUCAGCAUCUGUAAAGAAGAUUGAACAGCCUACCAAAAACGCUUGGUCUUCAGUUGCUUGGCAUUCUCAGCUAGAAGAACGAUCUGUGAAAGACAAAAACAUGCAUCAGGAUGGAGUUUUUAAAGCAGAAAUUGUAUACCUUGGUGACUCUGAUGGAGGAGAUGAAGACCAGAAACAUUUGCAAAGUGAAAGCAAAUAUUACAGCCCUCAAGAGCAAACCAUGCUCCAUAGCAUGUAUGAACCACCUCUGAAUUAUUUGCAACAUAUAAGAUCAGACUGUGUUCCAUUUACCUCCAUCAAGACAUCUGAAGACAAACUCCUCAAGCUGAACUCCUCUUCUACAUCUAAGCUUUCUGCUGACCAGCUACUCCCUAUAAUAUUCACUUCUCAGUCAGAGACACCUAAAGAAAGGAAUGCCUACAGUACACCUAAUGAAAACAAAGCCAUCAUAACAGACAGUGUCAGUGAUAAACUACAAUCACACACUGUAUUACAUGACAGAAUACCAGAGUAUCCCUCACUAUUUGCAGACCUUCAUCUUUCCACUAUCAAGUUCCCAACAUCUGAAGGCCUAACAGUUACAGCAACCAAGCUACCUGCUAGGGAUGACACAGAUGCCACCACUUCAGCUGUUCAGGUUUCAGAGCAAAACAGCUUACCAUACUACCUUUACAAUAAUUCUGGAAGGGCAUCACCAUUUCAGAGGAACACAUCAUCUCCCUCUCCACUGCAUUUCAUAGGUUCUGGAACACUUUCACCUCCUCUCUCUCUGUCACCUUGUCCUUCUGGAAGAUCUAGCACAUUAUCCCCAUUGCCUCUACAGAUCAUAAGACAUUCUUUAACUCCAAGUCCAGUGUGCCUUCAGAUACCAUGUAAGAGGCUAUGUUUAUCCACAGGUAGCAUAAACCAGUUACACAGCCAGUUACCCCUAAGCUUUACUGCAAAACAAUCCAGAGCAAAGUCUCCAGGACUAACACAACUUUCUCUCCUUACUGCUAUUUUAAAAUCUGGAAGACGUACACCUUCAAAGAACAUUGCUUCUUCAACAAAACAUUUUCAUGAAAAAAUGAUUGCUAGUCCUUCCCCUCCUUCAAAGGUUAUCAGUGAGAAGAAUGCUGGGGCAAUAUUUAAGGAUCAUGCUGAGAAAACAAAUGACCUACUUUCUGAACAUGGUAAAAGAUCAUUGUAUACACUGCAUGGACAGCCAAAUGACACAUCAGCUAGCUCACAAACCUCAAUCAAAACUAAUGUAUCUGGUAGACAUUCACAGAAAACACUUCAUUCUUUAACACAGCAGCUUUGUUCCAAACCAAAUUUGGUGCAUCAUGAGCAUCACAAGUUCUGUUCAAUUACCCCAGAACCUAGUUUUACAUGGACUAGCUCUCCAGCUUUAUUAUCAUACCCCCCUUCCUCUAGGGAUACAUUAUCCUCAGAUGAGCAAAAAACAUCACGCAGUACUACUCCUUCUAACUCUGCAUUACUCCCUUCUUCAUCACCACACUCUGCACAGGCAUCAACAUUUGCAGCCCUACAUGGAAGAGAAAACCCUGAACUAUUAGAUUCAAAUGCACAUUCUUUUUUGGAUCCUAAUAAAAACAUUUCUCUUUAUAAGAUAGGACCUGUGGAAUCACCCAGACAUGAACGUGUUUGCAGUCUUUCAUCUACUUCUAGAAAACAUUCAUUUCAUUCAUCCUUGCCAGACAUGAAGACUCGCUCUGUUUUUCCACACCCUGAUUCUUAUACACAUUCAAAUAAACCUGGCCUUCAUCCUUUGUUGAGAAAGUCACAUCUCAGUGCACAAAUGUCACAUAAUUUGCCUCAUGCUACAAAAACAGAAAAAGUGCAUCCAAAAACUAGCUUGCAAAGCAAACAUAUUCCCAAUGGAUUUACCACGAGGUCACUUCAUCGCUCUCAGCCCUUAUUAUGUACUACUGCCUCAAAAUCUGGGAAGCUGUCUCCAGCACAUUUUCUCUCUGACCUUGUAGAAAGAACACCCAUGAAGCUAAAGGAGUACAAGAUCUCUUCAAGUUACAAGACAUUGGCUGCUGUCCCUACCAACAAGCUGCUUAUGGAACAGAAGGAAACAGAUGAACCAAUUCAAGCAACAGAGAAAUCUCAGUCAGAUCAAUUACGGGACAUGCCAUACCUAGAGACACAUUCACAGUUGCAUUCACCAUCACAGCUGAGACAGCAGUCAGAAGAAUUGUAUGCUACCAUUGAUCGAGUUUUGCAGGAAAGCACACCACGGGUAAACAAAUGCAAACAUCGCAGUGCUUCUGUUCCAACUUCACAGAGGAGAGUGUUGGAUUCAAAUGGAACAAAAAUGGCAAGGACUUUACCAGGACUUGCUGGGCGAGAAACCAAAUAUGCACAGCUAAAUUCACCACCUUCUGCCUCUCGAGAAAGGAAACAGAGAGAAGAAGCUGCCUGCUUUGGAGAGCAUACAAGAGAAUCUACUCCUCUGAAGACAAAGCCUGGAGUUAUUCGCCCAGUUCCAAUUAUAAUUAAACAAAAGGAGGACAACUAUCAGCCAAAUCCAUUCAGAAAAUAUUUAGAAGAGAAUCUGGAUAAUGACAUUCAGCAGCUUCUUAAUUCAGGAGCAAAAAUUAACAAGGACGAUAGUCACAGAAUCCAUGGUCAGCAGGUGCCACAUGCAGAGAAACUAAAAAGCACUCCAUGCCCUAUUGGGAAGAGUGAGCUUCUGUUGAUCACAGAAGAACCAGUGGAUAAAUCCUCCAAAUCCUAUGCCUGAUUAUCUCCAGAUGCAGUUGUACCAUUACUUGUAAGAAGAGUUCAUUUAAGAUUUGAAGCCAUCACCAUUUUUUCAAUACCUGUACUUGCUUUUUUUCAAAACAUUACUGCUUUUUGCUAUUAUUUAUUUGUUUACUAUUUUAGUGAUUGGCAUGUACAUGCAAAAUGCUAAACUGCACUUUCUUAACACUAUUACAAUUGAGAAUGCAUUAAUUAUCUUCUUACAGCAUUUUGAAAGCCUAACCAUAUAAUAAAACAGAAUGGAAAAUUUUGAUCAUACUACACCAAGAUGCACAACUUGUAGAUGGUUAUAAGAAAAACUGACAUCUAUGGAACUGUUUUUGGUGUUUUAUAUGAAAAUCUUGUGCUCAAGUAAAUAGCUAAACUGAGGAUGCAGUGACACUACUUUUACCUACAUCACGGUGCUGUCAUUGUUUAAGGCAUUCGGUCACAUGCCAGACUUAUGAACAGCCCCACUACCCCACGUAAAUUGCCAGCAUUAUAUUAUUUCAUACAUUGGCAUUGCUUUCAAGCAUACCUUAUAUUGUUUGCCUCAUUUGUUUCAAUUCAACACUCCAUUUGUUCCAUUUAAAAGUUUCCUUAAAUAUGAAAGCAACCACAAAUAUGUGGUAAUUGAGUCAUACUAGAAGUUUAUCAGGUUUAAUGUCUGCUUUUGGAAAACUGGCUUGAAAUUGUAUCUAUUCGUUAAUUAGUAUUAAUAUACUUGGCAUUGUUUCUGAAGUUUUGUUGAAUGCCUAUUUUCAAGCAUGUGAAUCUGGCACAGAUUUGUUUCACUAAUGUUUAUUCAUAAUGUUGUGUAAUUAUUAACAAAUGAAACAUGCUGUGUAACAGCUGACGGCAAAUGAAAGCUAUGCGGCCAUCUCACAGAUUUAUUCUGUACAGCCUCAGUGAAAGAAAGGAAAGAAGAAAGAAAGAAAAGAAAAGAAAAAGGAAAUUAAAAAAGGAGAUAAAGCGAUAGUGAAAAUAAUCUCUCAUUUGUAUAUUGUUAUUCACGGGGAAACACUGAUAUAAGCAAACAAGGCCAAGAAAGUUAAUGGUAAGUGCUCGCAGGAGUGAGAAUGUUAGAAAUGCCAUUUUUAGUUUUACAUCAGAUUGCAUUUAGCUUCAGAACUGUAAAGCAUUUUAGACAGUUUUGUCUGCCUUAGUAUUAAGAGGUGAGUAUUUAGCAUGGAUAUUUACAUUCAUUUUUAAUUAGUGAAGUUACUGCCUUGGGCAGACAUAGAUGUAGGCAAUUUAUCAUCAGUCAGACAUUAAAUUCUGCUAUAUGAAGAAAUGAUGACACACAGCAAAUACAAAUAUUUACCACUCUAAUAAUUCCUUGCCCUUUAACAUAAUUAUCUAUACAGUGUAGAUUUCAUCACUUUUUAUUAACAGAACUGUAUUAAUUUUCUUAUUACAUGCAAGGAAAGGAUGUCAUAGCUAUUGAUAAAAUCACUUAUGAACCCUGUUACUAAUCUGACUAUCAUAAUGCAUACUCACCUGAUUACUUAGUUUGCACUGUAGAAAAGAUAUCUACAUUAGGAUGGCAGAUUUUACAUCCAUUUGGUAAUGUCAUUCUGUAUUUCUGAGCACAAUUUGAAUGCAGUAUACAUCAUCCAAAAUUAGAAAGUGCUUUUACUGUUCAAAUAGCUUAUCAAUGUAUGUGGAGCAGUUUUAAAUAAAAAUACUAUGCAGCAUUAUAA